AUGUCGUCGACGUCCUUAUGGCUCGCUGCUGGAAGCUCGAUCGAGUCGCAGGACGGCAGCGUUCAGGUCACGCAUCGUGCACAGCCGCCGCGACGCGCCUCGUCCAUCUCCAGGCGCGUCAUCCGGUCCCGCAAAACCGCCAUUCCUGCAUCGCCCUUGUACGUGUUUGAUCGGACUGUCGGCUUUUGGGGCCUGCUGAACUCGUGCGGCGAGGAGCGGGAAGAAACGGCGUCCCACAUUUCCGAAGCGUCGUCACAGCGAGCCUCUCGACGGCCACCCGUGCGACACGCAUCGACUGCCGCUGAUGGGAGGCCCGUGCUCAGGGCGAGUCUCCUUCACGCGCAGCGCAUGAGUAUGGUUGACAACGGCACGCGCGACUUUGCACGCGACCAGCUCCCGCCACACUCGGGUGGACAGCCCCGACCACUCUUGGAGGACGAAGCUGAUUCUGAAGGCCAUCGCGACCAACAGCGUCUGUUGCGAGGUUCUGCGUCAUACAAUGUUUUCCCUGCCGCUCAGGAUGAGCCCCGCGACACUUUUACAGCCAACCAUGAAGCUCCGGGUUUGCCAAUCACUGAUGCUGAAUCCGAGCCACUAUCGUUCAUCGACCGACGUGCUUUGUCCAUGAUGAUGCAGGGAGACUCUGGUACUGCCAUGGCUGCUGGAAGUGCCCCAAAGCAGCUCAAAGCAACAAAACAGCGUGUGCUACACGGCUCUGCAUCGUACACCGCCUUCCCGGCAGGCCCCGGCCUCCCAGGAUCGGCGCAGCCGAUCGUCAACGACCUGAACUCGAAUGCUGAGCUUGAUGUUCAACGCGGAGCUGACCGUCCUGGAUCGGCCACGUCCACAUCGGCAGCCGUGUCGGAAAGUUCGAGCCGUCCGCCUUGGCAAUGGCCCGAGGCUGCACCGACACCCAGCGAGCCUAGUGCCCCGACACCUCUCGUCACUGCGGGGCAAAUGAGCUCUGCAACGACAGGCGUGCGCAACAGCCCUUCGCAGUCCUCGCUUGGGGAGUUGAUUGACCGACGUAGCUCGAGCCCUCGGCGCUCGUCGUACGUCCCAUCGGUGCAAAUGACGUUUAUGGACGAUGCCUACCUGCUGAUGGAGGCGCUCGAAGAGCUGCUACGCGGGAACAAUAUUCCGUUUUCAGAGGUGGAUGCGUUUCGAGUGGUCGUCCAGCCUGCCCCUCGCGUCAGCCUGGAUGUCGAGGUGUGCCAGCUGCCCACCUCCUUGUACGCCGUGCGCUUUUCACGACUCUUUGGCGAGACCAACCAGUUCAAGUUGUGGUGCACCUACAUUUUAAAUCUGCUCGCGGCACGUUGGCGCGAACAAGGCCGCGCAAGCGCACUUCCUGCCCGAUGGUCUGCUGCGGAUCGAGUGCCUCCAGUUCCCACGGUCGGCUAUCCGACGGCGCAAACCCUCAGCGAUCUUGGCGCACCCGAGCGUUUGCUCGUUCAGAGCACCUCAACAGACAAGGCAGGCUUGAACGCCGAUGGUGAUGAGACGACAUUGACGAAGAGUGAUUCGGCGUCCAGCACGAUUAGUGCGUCGAGUGCUGUUGGCACAUUGACGCCCACCAUCUCGCCCGCCGCUGCCCGCACUCCGCGCGUGGCGUUGAUCUCACCUCGCCACACCUCGGUCAUUCUUGCGUCGAGCCCAAUCAUCGACGUCGUCGACAGUCGUGAUGUGUCCCAGCCCGAAUCUGCCUCUCAUUCUCCCUCACCCCAUACCUCCUCAUUCCUCGUUGCGCCCAACGAGCAUCGUCGAGCGCACUCCGAGUCGUCAGUUUAA